GCUCGCCGCGAAUUGCCAGAAUACCUUUGCGCCAAAAGAAGCGCGACGCUUUUGAGAUUCGAAAGCACCCCCGAGGAGAGCCAUCGCUAGCCACCAAUUCGGCACUGCGAUCGAAUCUCAUCUGGGAACCCAUACCGGCGAGACUCGUCGCAUCCUGCCCUGUGACACGCCUGCCCGUAUCCCCGGCCCGAGAAACCGCUGUUCACGUCGACAUCCCGAGGCGAUCCAACCCUCACAAUGCAUUUCGCAUACCCACCGAGGAAAAGCUCGAAUCCGCCGCCCUUCCGCCCGGCACGCUCGUCGAGGAUACCCACACUGCGCAGGAUAAAGCCCAAGACCAUCGCCAUUGGAGGAGCCCUCAUUCUGUUCCUCAUAUGGCUCUUGUCAGGCCACAGCUCGACAUCGACAUCUGGCGGCACCCCACGCCGCACACCGUCAGGCGAGCCGCCAGUCGUCAUAGUCACAGUCUUCGACGAGCGGCUUUGGGGAGGCCACCCAGAUUACCUCGAGUCCAUCAAAGACAACAGAGAGCAGUAUGCCGAGAAGCACGGAUACAAAACGAUGCUGGUAUCAGCAGGCGGCUACGAGAUCAACGGCGCGCCCAUGUCGUGGACGAAAGUGACGGCGAUGCGACACGCCCUGUCGGUACAUCCAGACGCCAAAUACUUCUGGUACCUCGACCAGCACUCGUUCAUCAUGAACCCCGAGCUCGACGUAGACCAGCACAUCAUGGGCACCAGCAAUCUUGAGAAGAACAUGAUCAAAGACCUGCCCGUGGUGCCUCCGGACAGUAUCAUCAAGACCUUUUCGCACUUGAGGGGAGACGACGUCGACUUUGCUCUCACCCAAGACAAGGACGGCCUGUCCACAGGAAGCUUCGUCAUCCGAAACGGGGACUGGGCCGAGUUCUUUUUGGAUACGUGGUUCGAUCCCUUGUACAGGAGUUACAACUUCCAGAAGGCCGACACCCAUGCAUUGGAGCACAUUGUCCAGUGGCAUCCAACGAUUCUCUCCAGGCUGGCCAUCAUUCCUCAGCGACUCCUAAACUCAUACAACAAGCCAAAGCAUGGACAGACCUUCCAAGACGGCGAUUUCGUCAUGCGGCUCGCCGGAUGUACCAAGGGUGCCGGCGAGAACAAUUGUGCCGAAGAAGCCAACAAGUUCAUGUCACAAUGGAAGAAGGCCUUCGCCAACGCAUGAGCGCGGCAUCGACAUUGAGCACC